GUGAAGCUGCCUGUUUUCCAUACUGCACUUUGACUAUGGAAACAGAGACUAUUGAUGGCUACCUAACAUGUGACAAUGAGCUUUCACCUGAAAGGGAGCACUCCAACAUGGCAAUUGACCUCACCUCAAGCACACCCAAUGGACAGCAUGCCUCUCCAAGUCACAUGACAAGCACAAAUUCAGUAAAGCUAGAAAUGCAGAGUGAUGAAGAGUGUGACAGGAAACCCCUGAGCCGCGAAGAUGAGAUCAGGGGCCAUGAUGAGGGUAGCAGCCUAGAAGAGCCCCUAAUUGAGAGCAGCGAGGUGGCUGACAACAGAAAAGUCCAGGAGCUUCAAGGCGAGGGAGGAAUCCGGCUUCCGAAUGGUAAACUGAAAUGUGACGUCUGUGGCAUGGUUUGCAUUGGGCCCAAUGUGCUUAUGGUACAUAAAAGGAGUCACACUGGUGAACGCCCCUUCCACUGUAACCAGUGUGGAGCUUCUUUUACUCAGAAGGGCAACCUUCUGAGACACAUAAAGUUACACUCUGGAGAGAAGCCGUUCAAAUGUCCUUUCUGUAGCUACGCAUGUAGAAGAAGGGACGCCCUCACAGGACACCUCAGGACCCAUUCUGUGGGUAAACCUCACAAGUGCAACUACUGUGGACGAAGCUACAAGCAGCGCAGUUCACUGGAGGAGCACAAGGAACGCUGCCACAACUAUCUCCAGAAUGUCAGCAUGGAGGCUGCCGGGCAGGUCAUGAGUCACCAUGUACCUCCUAUGGAAGAUUGUAAGGAACAAGAGCCUAUUAUGGACAACAAUAUUUCUCUGGUGCCUUUUGAGAGACCUGCUGUCAUAGAGAAACUUGCGGGAAAUAUGGGAAAACGUAAAAGCUCCACUCCACAAAAGUUUGUGGGGGAAAAGCUCAUGCGAUUCAGCUACCCAGAUAUUCACUUUGAUAUGAACUUAACCUAUGAGAAGGAGGCUGAGCUGAUGCAGUCUCAUAUGAUGGACCAAGCCAUCAACAAUGCAAUCACCUACCUUGGAACUGAGGCCCUUCACCCUCUGAUGCAGCACCCGCCAAGCACAAUCGCUGAGGUGGCCCCAGUCAUAAGCUCAGCUUAUUCUCAGGUCUAUCAUCCCAAUAGGAUAGAAAGACCCAUUAGCAGGGAAACCUCUGAUAGUCAUGAAAACAACAUGGAUGGCCCUAUCUCUCUCAUUAGACCAAAGAGUCGACCCCAGGAAAGAGAGGCCUCCCCCAGCAAUAGCUGCCUGGAUUCUACUGACUCAGAAAGUAGCCACGAUGACCACCAGUCCUACCAAGGAAACCCUGCCUUAAAUCCUAAGAGGAAACAAAGCCCAGCUUACAUGAAGGAGGAUGUCAAGGCUUUGGAUGCCGCCAAGGCUCCUAAGGGCUCUCUGAAGGACAUCUAUAAGGUUUUCAAUGGAGAAGGAGAACAGAUAAGGGCCUUCAAGUGUGAGCACUGCCGAGUCCUUUUCCUAGACCAUGUCAUGUACACCAUUCACAUGGGUUGCCAUGGCUACCGGGACCCACUGGAAUGCAACAUCUGUGGCUACAGAAGCCAGGACCGUUACGAGUUUUCAUCACACAUUGUUCGAGGGGAGCACACAUUCCACUAGGCCUUUUCAUUCCAAAGGGGACCCCCAUGAAGUAAAAAACUGCACAUGAAGAAAUACUGCACUUACAAUCCCACCUUCCCUCAGAUAUUGACACACCUUUUAAAAAAUAUUAUUUCUGUCAAUAAUUCUUAUUUUGUGGACACAGUGUCAUUCGCUCUGCCUAAUUACAAAAAGGAAGAAAAUGGAAGAGUAAUGGGAUGGGUAUAUUGUUUCCUGAUAACUUGGCUUGUUUUAUUUUGUGGAAAUUUAAACAAGUUCUGCCAUGAGUCGUUAUUAAGGCAUGUCAUGCUUUGGAAAAAAAAUAGUUGAUUCAUAUGGAUUCACCUAAGUGAUUCUAAUUUGCCAUUGAUGUUCAGGAUUAUGAUUGAAGGCAGGAAAAUUUGAAGUUUUCUGGGUAGAACUUUGGCAAUUUCAAAUGGUAUAAGUAAUUUUACUCUUCAAAGAAGAUCUUGUUUCGAAAUGUAAACCAGUCUGGUUCUUUAGAAAUCAUGGAACACAAAUUCCUUAUUACUUUCAAUGAUAACUGCUAGGACAAGUUGAGUUGUUGUGGGUUCUAUGUUUACUUCCCCUAUGGAAUUUAUAACUCAGUAUGUUUUACACUGUACCAUAGAGCAAAACUUUUAAACUACAAGUAGUUGAGGACAACUACAAGACAUCUGAGGUCCUUUGAUCUUAUUUUUCUAAACUUAAGCACUGUUUUUCCAUAGUUUUGAUGACUGGCAUUUUAUAGACAACCUUGCAGCCUUACUUUUAACACCUGUAACAAAUAGUAUUUUUAUGUAGUUUUCAGAAUAACAUAUGGUCUAAGAGUGGAUGACAAGCAGUAAUUUCAGGAGGGACUUCCACUUUUCGUAAAUUUCUGUGAGAUUUUUGUUUGAAGUUUUAACAUGAUAGCAGGAUACUUUUACAUAUUUCCUUCUAACAUUAUGCUUACAUUUGUCACUUUAUUGGCAUUUAAUCAGUGUUAACCAGUCAGCAGAAAAAUAUAAUGAGGCUAACAAUAGAGAGAAAACCCACCGAGUGAUCCUUUGAUAUUUCUCUUCCCUCAUUUUCUCAAACUGUGACCACUCAGUGUUCCGUUCAUUUUCCAUUCCUCUUUUACUCUUGGAGUAGAAGUUCUUAAAAGUCUUGUGAUAGGCUGCCUCUUUCAAAAUGGUCUCAGAGCAACUGCUAGUUUAGCCUGCAUAUGGUAACUUGAACCCUAUAAGAUUUAUUGAAGUAGGGCUAUUUAUUCUAGUAUAUCUUCAGUAAUAAUAUUUACUUCUUUUACUGCAGAGAAAAAGGAACUAUACAUUGGACUAUACAGAUCUAACAAAGAAACAACCAACUUUUCACUUUUCUCUUACCCUUGUAGAGCCUAGAAUAUGACAGAAUCUUCAGGCAUGUUAUCUUUUUUUCUGUUUUAAAAAUAUUCAGCUCUAUGAAUCCAUGUCAGAAAUGAAUCUCAACCUGGUAGUACAGCAUUUCCCAUCUUUUCAUUCAUUUGUGGCAUAUUUUAUGUUUCAUGUGCACAUUUUAGUUUCAUUUGUGUGGGUGCUUUGUUUUGUCUUUUCAGUUCAAUGGCAUUAACAGAGAAACAGAGUAACAUUGGCGCCCAAGUCAUUUGGGGAACACAGUUUGGAGGUAGAGUCUGCUGUUUGUUUUGUUUGCAAAGAGCAGGCCUAACCAUAGCUGUAUUAUUUGUGAAUAAUUAGUUUCUGUUAUGAAGUAACUAAUAAUUGCUCUAAAAAUCAAUUAAAUAGGAUGCUGAAGUGGUUUGCCUAUAAUGUGGGAUUAGAAGUGUCAAGAACAGAGAACUAUGGAUGGUCAGAUAUGUCUUAACUCAUGUUCUCCUUUGCCAUUUGCUUGUUUAAGCAAAUUCUAAGAAUUAACACAGCUGAGACUAGAAAAUGGUUUUGAUUUGCCUCUCUUUAAGUAACCCUGUCUUCAAUUAGUUUUGGAGAAUUUUUUAAAUAGUCCCUUUAAAUCUAUGAGAAUGUACCAAAACAGAUCUAAAGAAUACCAACCAUUAAUUUCUUUUUUUUUUCUUUCUUCCUACAUCCAUAGGUAUAUGGUAAAUAUAACUUAUUCAAAGAUAACACGUCGUUGAGAUUUUUUUUUUACCUUUAUUUAACCUAACCACCCCCAAAUCAUAAUUGAAAUGCCUUUUUUUCCUUUUUUUGGGUGAGGUAAAAAAUAUCGAAGUUCAUGAUCUUGUGUUUUGUCACGUUUUAAAGAAAUACUUGCAUGCCAGUCAAUAUGUCCACAAUUUUAGGCACAUGAAUUUUUACUGACAUUACAUAAUCUAUGAAUCUUUUUCCUGGGUCCCUCCCCCAAUGAAAACAUUUAUGUACCUGCUACCUUGGGUUGAAACUGAAUUCAGAUGGACCUAAAAGUUACGUGGUUCCACUGUGAAGACAAUAAUGAUGCACUCACCUCUUUUGAUUUUAUCUUAUCUGAAAAUUUAAUUCCUUGAAGAGCGCUAGUAGGUGUGAAGGUACAUCUGCAACAAGUGUAUUUUCCUAGUUGUAUGACAUGAGGGACAAAAGAGAGCUGAAGAAGACUGAAGGAAUGGUGGGGACGAGUGAGGACAAGGUCAAUUCGAAUUUUUAGGUUAGAAAGAAUUUUUGUGGAGAUCAAGCUUUCUAAAAACUCUGGAUGGCUAUAUUUUCAUGACUCUUCUACACAAAAGAAAAUGUGCAGUUCAGUAGCACCUAAAAAUAAAUAUGAGGACCAGAUACCAAAUAAAUCAAAUUUUACAUAACACUAGCAUGCCCAGUUUAUUUAGGUGAGACUUCACAUUGCAGGAAGUAUUUGAGGGACAUUGAAAAUGGGUUAGCCUCUGUAUUUUCCACUUUGGCGAAAGUUCAGAAAUUCAUCCUAUUGCUUUGCCCUAAUUUUGCCCAGACUUUUUAGUCAUCAGCCUUUUUGGAGAAGUGGUUUAUUUCUCUGUAGUGAAGAAUCAUUCAUUCUAAGGGCAUUUGAAAACAGAGAUAGUGGCCAGGAGACCGACUGAAAGAAAGAUGAGAAGUUGUCAAAACAUUCCCUUAGGAAUAUUUUGGAGGAAUAGAAUGGAAGGAUGAGAGCCUGGAGUUCAGAGUAUUGUAUUAGGAAGUCUCAGUCCUACAUGCAUGCAAGUCAUCAAUAUAUGUGGAUCAUGUUAUGAGUGCAUCUGUGUGCCACACACAUCUCUUAAAAUGUAUGAAAAGAAGCAGAGUUACUAGAUGUGUUCAGUUAAAAUUAUAUUCAGUACCUGAGCAAUGAAGUUUACUUUUCCAAAGUGAUUGUAUUAAGAAAUACUAAAGAAGUUAUCAUUGUGUCUUUAGGACUCAUGGCAGUUUUGUAGCUUAGGCCUUGGGACAAAAUGAAACAAACAGUACGGGGGAAAAGGAUGUGAAACGCAUCAAUGAAAAACUUAAAGAAAUGUAGAUUUCUUUUUGGAUAGGAAGAAAAAUGCUUUCAAGUUAGCAACUUUUACUUGUUGAGAUAUAAAGACAGGCAAAAAUAUUUUUAAGAGCAGCUUUUAAAUUUUUUUUAUUUAUUAUAAUGUUUGUGCUACAGUUUUACAUCUCACAAAACCACAAAGUCUUUGCAUGGUAUAAAUGUUUACCAAAACUUCCAUUUGAGAAUGCAGUUAGAGGAAAAUCUUUUUUAAUAUUUUCAAAAUCUUAUUUUACCCUAUUUUCAGAGAUAGAGCAGAACAAGCUGCAAAAAUGCAAAUAAAAAUAUAUAUGCCCAUAGAUUCAAGACAGAACUUAGCCUGUAAAAAUCCUAGAUUCGUUUUAAUUUGGAUUAUUCGUUUUAGAGAAAUAUAAUGUGAAGACUUGUGGUCAUUCUUAAUUAUAUUUUAUAUAUUACUUUAAUAAGUACUACCUGUAUGAUUACACCAGAUCCAAUUCUCCAAGUUCAAAAGAAAUGAAAAAACCUGAUGAAAUUAAAGUUUGUAUAUGUAAAAAUUAUUUUAUAAAUAUUUUAAUCUUCCAGUUUCUGCAAAAUAAUUAAAAUAUACAGUAACUGGUCUCUUAAAGGUCCUGAACUUAAUGUAUUAAAUACUUAUAAAAAUGUUAUUGGUGCCUUUUAAAAUGCAUUGAGAGUGUUGGCUAGCUGUUUUAGCUUUACCACACUUUUACUGUAUAUUUUCUAAAAAAAAAAAAAAUCACUUAAAAUUGAGUACAAUAGAAUUCCUCUUUGUGUUCUUAGGGCAAAAAACUGCUAAAGCAUUUUCCAAUACAGAAACUAUAACCUUAGCUGUUAAAAGUAAAAGGAACCUCUGAAAUCAGAUUUUAAUACCUUUUUAGUUUGAUCCUGUUUCUAAAUACUAUUACCAGAUUAUGCAGGUAAAAAUAUAAAGUAGAAUGAGAUUUUAGCUAUGAAUUCAAUAUUGCUCUUUGUUUUCAUAUUUCUUUUGUUUGUCUUUAAGGACGAAUAAGAUUUGUGUCACACAGGCUUUAUUACUGAAAUUUGGUGUCAAUAAAAUGCAGUAUUGCUUUUAGUUUUUUAUCCCCAAUCUAGUGUUAUUCUAGUCUAUCUUCUAAUGUGAGAAUGCUUUAUAAAAUAACAUUGAAAAGAAAACAAGUAAUUAAUUUUCCUUUAGCAAAAUAAAACUGAGCAGUCAUAUCACAUUGCUAUUCUCCAAAGCAUAAUCUCAAAUGGUUUCAUACCAUGGUUGUAUAUUACCUGCUGUGGCUGUGUUAGAAUAUGACAGCUUUUUAAAAAGUGAGCUGAUUUUAUAAAGCAAAUGUCCUAUGACCAAGAAGCUGUGAUGUGCUAGUGUUUCUUUUUAUCCUAUCGUGUAUUGCUAGGCCAAAUAAUGACACCUGGAAUAUUUUUACAUUUAUUCUAGUAACUUAAAAUUUUGGAAUUUCCACAAGACUUUUUUAAUGUAAUGUCCUCUGUUCAGCUUUUUAGUUUGAUCUUGCUGUACUGUAAGUUUGUGAAUGUUUUUCACAUGCCCUCCUAGAAAUAAGUUCAUAAUUCUGUUGCUGUUGUUAUUCCCCCAUAACAUUGCAUUUGUACAUUUUCUGUAAAAGGAAAAGAAAUUGUGAAUUACCCCAUACAGAGAAUGGUACAUGAAUGAUGUCAUUUUCUACGAUGUCAUUUUUAUUGUGAAUAAAAAUAGAAAAUGUAGAGGCCCUCUACUAAGCUACAUACAGUACCCUACAUAACUUCAUUUAGGUACUGAUAACUCAAUUAACAGUAAGUUGGGCCCUUGUAUUACCUCAAGUGACACAUAGUAAGAAAUGCUUCUAAGAACAGGUAGAGGCCACUGAAUCCCCUACUAUGCACUUAUCAGGAUUUUGCUUAAUUUAAUUUGUUGGAAAUUGAUUUUUUUAAUCCAAUAUACUGUAACCAGAAAAGGAAUCUAGGCUUUGUUUUCUGUUGUUGUUUGACUCUUAUUUUUUUAGUGGUUCAAGUUCUGAAACUGAUACGUUUGGGUUUUGUUUUUGUUUUUGUUUGUUUGUUUUUGUCUAUCAAGCACUCUCAGAUUUUGAACCUUUUUCUUCCUCGUUUUUUGUGUAAGUAAAAACUCUUCUUCGUUACUUUUACUUCCAACUGUGUGCACUCCCUCCACUUUUUCCUCACCCAUCUUUUUAUCUGCUUUCCCCCAAUAUCUAUGGAAGUCUGCUGCUCUCCUGCUACUACUGCUUUUGAAGAUUAGGUCAACUCUUAACUUCCAAUUCAUUGGUUUCUUUAAGUCUUACUUUUUGUUCAUUAUUUUUGUUGGCUGAAUAAUCUGCCUGCCCAUUUUUGUACUUAAGUAAAGUGUUAUAUUAAAAGAAAUGUGAUUGGAUUAAAAAUGGUACACUGUAUAAACUUUAUGUUAAUUUAACUUUCAAAUAUUAGGUAACUAAAAUGACUUCAGAGAUUAUGUGACCAGAUUAUCUACUUGCUUUUUUGUUUUCUUUUGGGUUAGAUUUUUAUAUUCUUACUUGGCUUUUCUUGAAAAUAGAAAUCAUGGCAGACUGACUAGACAGUUCUUUAGAAAUAUAUUCAAAAUGUAAAGCAAAAAGUCUUAACUUUCUCUCUCUUAGGAGAAGAGUGCUUUACCAUUACUAUACCUAUAUUCCAGGGACAGCCAGGGUAUCCAGGCCUCAUAAUUGCUCUUAAUAGUUGGACCUUUUAGACCAUGUGUUAUUUACAAUUCCAGAAUGAUUACUUCUGCUCUUUAGUUAAAAAGAUACUCUUCUUUCUGUACAAGUGCAAUACCCCCCUUGAAGUCUUAAAAACUAUAGUGAUUUUAUUUUUACUUUCUUGACCUAUUUCUUUAGCUAAUGUCAAAAAGAAACUCUUGAAAAUUAUGGUGUGUCAAAGGACACAGACACAAAGAGAAAAACACACCACAAUCAAAAGAUUAGAGCAUGUAGCAACUACUGCUCUGCUUUUAUGGAAUCUUUACUUAGGCUAAAUUUUGAAUGAAUCUACUGAUCCUUUCUGAGAAAUGUGUCCUAAAGUUGGAAUUCUUAGAGACUGCAUUUCUUUCCUUAGACUCUUGCCUCAUGCUUGAAGUUAAGAAACUAAUAUUUAAUAUUUUAUUUCAUUUCUCUAUGUUUGAAAAUAAACUUUAAUAUUAAAGCACUUAGGUCAAUUUUAAACUGGUAUCAACCUAUUGGAGUAACACAUUUUUAAAAAAUAUUUGGAACAGCCCUGUUUUCUUACAAAAUUUAAGGAGUAUUUUUCGUAUCAUGCAUAUUUAUAUAUAUAUAUAGUGCUCUGGUUUUUCUUUUUUUAUAUACCUGUGUUCCUGCUGUAAUGUAAAUACAUGUUUUGUUAUAAAAAUAAUGUUGACAUUUUGUUUGAAGGCAUUUACUGCAUUUGUACAGUAUGUGUCUUGGGUACUUAAUUCUUUUUUUCUUUAACAAUACCAAAGGUAAUUAGACUAUUUUAAAGACUAAUUGCUUGACAGUUUCUAGGAUAUUUUGUGUUUUAGAAGCAAAAAAGGAAAACAAAAAAAAAAAGGUCAAACCAGUAAACCUCAUUUUUUUCAAACUAAUAAUUUGGGGAAAUAAAAAACUAUUGUUUAAAAAAGAAAAUAUAUAUAAAUAUAUGUAAAAUUAAAAUACCAGACCUUGUAUGUCAGGUUUGCUCAGUGUAAUGUAAUUUUUUUAAGGCUCAAAUAGCAUACCUCAGAAAAUGGGGUGAACUAUGGAAAUACUGCAACAGUCUAUGCAGCUGUGUAACAAGUCACUGCUGUCUACUGAUCUGGAGACCUCCGCUAUACAGUUUUAUCACUGCAGACUAAAAUGUGGGACUUGUAUCUUCUUUGUUUUUAAUGCACACUCACACAUGCCCUGUGCAUGUCUGUGGGUAUUGUGUAUAAGUGUAUGAGUGUUGUAUAUGCAUGUGUGAGUGUGUGUCUGUAUGUGUGUACAACUAAAAGAAGCUGCAGAAACUUUGUAAUACUUUGUGAAAAGGAUUAUAUUAUAAAGGUUUGUACUGUCUGAGUGCACAGCUACUGGAAUAAAUUUAGGGAAUCUCAGGAACAAGCAUAUAAUUUGUCCAAGAUUUAUUUCUUCUCAGAAGUGUAAGUGCAGUUUUUAAUUCUGUAUAUUAUUUAAUAUUUUACCAAUAAAAUAAACUUCUGACAGAAAAUGUUUGCUAU